UCCUUCCCAGAACACGUAGAGUCGCUCGGUUACUCAUACUCUGCUCGUCAAUGGCGAUUGCGGCGGAGUCGCAGGGCCCAGGGAGCCGAUCACCGAACGAGGAAAUUACCGCUUUGACGAAUUCAUAAAUGAGACGGAUGCGAACGGUUACCUCGUUGUAAAAUGGAGGAUAGCUUUGAUUGCGACUGUGGCGAGUUGGAGCCACCUGAUCAUUGAGGGAAGCAGUACUGUAGCUGGAGCAGCUGUUGGACUGUAGCUUCGUGAUCACACCCGUCAAAACAGGAAGCAAAGGAAACAAAAAAAAGAUAGGAGCAAAAAUUCAAAUACUGCUAACGGGCUCAGUAGAAUGACACAGCCCACGACCAGUCACACACUGAAUGUACCUGCACUGUGAAGAUGGUAUUCAACAUUUUGUCAUAUGGUUUGUCAUAUAUCUGAAUCUCUAUAAAUUGGCCUCAGAUUUCCUCCUGCUGAAGUCUGUCAACCAGGUGUGGGGGGGGGGGGACGGGAAAAAUCAAGUUUCGACCAUAAUCCGUUAGAUAUUUAAAAUUUAAAAAAAAAAAAAAAUUAAUGUAAGAAAUGAAAGAGCACCCAGCCUACAUAUCGGAGAGCUUUUCCAUGUUGCUUUGGGGGAAAAUCUGAGGGCCAAAGUAAAGAAGCGGCCUUUCCGUUCAGUUAAAAUAAAAAAAAAAAAAAAAAAGGUACCCGUUCAGGCCAAAAUAUUUCUUUUGUUUUCUGCCUUUGUUGAAAAUAAAAAAGUGUAUUGGCUGUCCCCAAAUUGAGCUUGAGCCAGUAGAGAAAAGCCACUGCUUGGCUUCAAGAAAAUGGCAGAGAAGUUUGAAAGUCUCAUGAACAUUCACGGCUUCGACUUGGGCCCUCGUUACUCGGACCUGAAGCCGCUGGGCUACGGCGGUAGCGGCCUGGUCUUCUCCGCCGUGGACAACGACUGCGACAAGCGGGUGGCAGUGAAGAAGAUCGUGCUGACCGACCCUCAGAGCGUGAAGCACGCGCUGCGUGAGAUCAAGAUCAUCCGCCGUCUGGACCACGACAACAUCGUGCGGGUGUUCGAAACACUGGGCCCCGGUGGGAGGCGGCUGACGGAGGACGUGGGCUCCCUGACGGAGGUCAACUCGGUCUACAUCGUGCAGGAGUACAUGGAAACAGACCUGUGUCAGCUGCUGGAGAGUGGAUUGCUCUCCGAAGGUCAUGCCCGUCUCUUUAUGUACCAGCUGCUACGAGGCCUCAAGUACAUCCACUCUGCUAACGUCCUGCACCGGGACCUCAAGCCCGCCAACCUCUUUGUCAACACGGAGGAUCUGGUGCUGAAGAUCGGAGAUUUUGGGCUUGCGCGCAUCAUGGACCCCCACUACUCGCACAAGGGCCACCUCUCUGAGGGACUGGUGACCAAAUGGUACAGGUCACCACGCCUCCUCCUCUCCCCCAACAACUACACCAAAGCUAUCGACAUGUGGGCAGCCGGCUGCAUCUUCGCCGAGAUGCUAACAGGAAAAACCCUCUUUGCAGGCGCCCAUGAGCUGGAGCAGAUGCAGCUGAUCCUGAAGUCCAUCCCCGUGAUUCACGAGGAAGACCGGCAGGAGCUGCAGAGCAUCAUCCCCGUUUUUGUCCGGAAGGACAUGUCCGAGCCCCAGGCCCCUCUGGCCAAGCUGCUCCCAGGGGUCAGCGCGGAGGCUCUUGAUUUCUUGGAGAAAAUUCUAACUUUCAACCCCAUGGACCGCCUGACGGCAGAAGAGGCCUUAGCCCACCCUUACAUGAGUGACUAUUCCUUCCCCACGGACGAGCCCAUCUCCAACCAUCCUUUCCACAUCGAGGACGAAGUGGACGACAUCCUACUGAUGGACGAGAGCCACAGCCAGGUGUACAACUGGGACAGAUGUCACGAUAGCCAGUUUUCGGACCAAGACUGGCACCUCCACAGUACACAUGAAGCGGACGAGGUCCAACGAGACCCACGCGCUCUAUCAGAUGUGAUGGAUGAGGAGGAAGUGCAAGUGGAUCCCCGCAAGUACCUGGAUGGAGACUGCAACAAGUUCCUGGAUGAGCAGGCGUUCGACUCGCACUUCCCUUCAGAACGCUCGUGGCCCUAUGAAGAUCACCAUGAGAACAAGUACUGUGAACUGGAGUGUAGCCACACCUGCAACUACAAGGCAGUCUCCUCUCCGUAUUUGGACAACCUGGAUUGGCGCGACAGUGAAGUGAACCACUACUACGACCCUAAACUCAUCAUCAAUCUGUCCAACUGGAAGGAGCAGACCAAGGAGAAGGUGGACAAGAAGGGCAAGUCCAAGUGUGAGAAGAAUGGCCUGGUCAAAGCCCGAAUCGCCUUGCAGGAGGCCUCCAACAACCCAGCUGAGAAGGAUAACGAACAGGAGAAGCACCAAGGCUUCGACUUUGACUCGUUCAUUGCCGGCACCAUUCAGCUUAGCCUGCCAGAGUCGAGCCUGGAGGUGGGCUUCCUCAAUGAGCUGAACAGCUCUGUGUCCCAGCUGGAGUCCAGGAGCUCCAUGUCCAAGUCUGUCAGUCAGGAAAAGGAGGAGAAGUGCCUGGUGAACCUGGCCCAGCUGGGAGGGCGGGUGCCCAACCCCUGGGAGAGCAUGGUGGAGGAGAGCAGCCGGAUUGACGUGGCACGCUGGGAGGUCGGAAAAGACGAGAAGGAGGCUCCUUACACCAGCUACCUGGAUCGACUCUUCAGCAAGAAGGAGGAAGCAGUGGAGGCUCUGGAGCCUGACGCCCUGGAAGUGGACGAGGCCUACCUUGGCAGAAAUGGCGACAUCGUGUUGAACGUCCAGCUCGAGUCUCUGGCCCUGUCCGGGUUCGAAGGCCCCACCGAGUCACCGCUCAAGUCCAUCCAGGCCACGCUGGCACCCUCGGCCGUGAGAUGUUCACCUCAGAUUGCCCACAAAACAUACAGCAGCAUUUUCAAACAUCUAAACUAAACACAUGCCUCACUGCAAGAAUCGUCGUUUAAUUUUAGUGUUCUUUUUAUUUGACUCAUCUCAUUCUUACGUAUCGUUACUUUUUUUUUUUUUUUUUUUUUUUAAUUGUUUAAAAGAACAGAAUAGGGGAGUUUAAAUGCACGUGAAGAGUCUCUCAAUUGCUCUGCAACAGUUUUCACUUCCACCAGCUUUCAGGGCUUUUCCUUCGCAACCAACAGCCUUGUUUGAAAUCUGUAUAAUUUGCACACAGUGUACUGUAGACUGAGGCUACUCAACCCUGGCGCCAGUUGGUUGUGGGGUCUGUCAGACCAACUCCGUUCAGAAAAUCAGCCUGUCGGGACCAGUUCCGCCGCACUCUGGUUACGAAGGCGUACUGGAGAACUUUUCCUCGGAUUACCAUCCUACCAGAGUUGAGUAGCCUUACUUAGGAAUAGCAAAUUUUAGAGUAAGACUGAUGGAUAAACGGAAGGAAGAGGAAGACAGGAGGCAGGGAGAUGUACUACAAGGUAACAGAGUGAAAUAGUGAGGGAAAUGCACUUAAAAAAAAAAAAAAAAAAAAAAACAAACAAAUGGGAGAAACUUUCACUGACACACAGGACUCGGGAGAUGUAGUACCAACACUUGCUUUCUUUUCUCCUAUUUUUUAAACUCUGAAGUCAACAUAUUUUCCCCUAAAAUGAAUAAUACUGUAAGAGGACUUUGUGUUGCUGUGGAGGCAGCCAGUGAUUUGUAGGAUCUAUGAAAGGUGUUAUCUACCUCAGGGUAACAGUGACUCUCAUCGCCACACUAGUGCUUUACACACACAUCUUCCCCGAUUCCAUUCAGCGCCGAGCGACGUUUUGUUCCACAUGCCAUAGCAAAGUGUUCGUUAUUUAUUUUUUGUUUUAGCAGUUUUAUUUAUUUGAAAGAACAUUAUUUCAGCUGUUUGAGGACUGAGGCAUUUUUCCACUCGUGUGUUUCAGAGCUAUGGCAACGUAUGGCUAUUUGUAACGAUUGGACGCUAAUAACUUGGAUUAUUUAUAGUCAGUUUCCUUAAAGAGUUUUCGUUUAUGUUCCGGUGCAUUUGAUUCAGAGGGAAAAUUGCUGUACGGGAUUGAAAAUGUACCUACAAGUCUUAUACUUUUUUCCCCCGUAAAAUGUACCGUUAGAACUGUUUUCAGAAGAAGCUAAAGGUAAAAUACGAUUAGGACUUAAAAAUUCGAAGCAUUGUUCUUUUAAUUGUUGUUUUUAUUUUAAUUGU